AUGCCAUAUGUAAAGGUUUACCGGCGUCUAAGGAAGUCAGAACAUCACUACUCGGAUGAUUCAUCCUACGAAUCUAAAAAUUCGCACCGCAAUCGCGACCACUCGGUUUCCUUCCGUAGGCAUGCCAAGGAUCAUGCGUUGAAGCAGCGGAGCUCUUCUCACCGAGAGCGGUCGGCAAGUCGCCGACGGCAUCACGAAGAUUACGACCAUGCGCCCGAUUCUCAUCACAAUCAUCCCUCAUCGAAGCGCUCGAUUCCCUUGGAUGAGAGUCCGGAUCAUCCGGACGAGGACUUCAACGACACCCCUAAAUGUCCACUCCGGCGUGAGGAUACCCAGCCGCCGCGAUCCCGCACCCCGCCACAGAAUAGAACCCCGGAAAGAAUCAACCCCAUCAUCAUGAGCUCCGGCCCCUCCCCUCGCUAUGAUGCCAACCGUCUAGAUUCACGGAAGGUUCCCAUCCGUGAUGGGGGGAGCUCCGUAUCCGGGCGCAGCCUCAGGCCGCCUUUGAGGGCGCAGCGGAAUGGUUCCGCCUCGCCUUCCACGGAGGAUCGAGGCGAAAAACGCCGUGCGGCGGAUUCCUCAACCCCCCACCGAGGGCAUUCGCGAUCUUCUCGACGAUCCCAGCCCCGUCUCAGUUCUCGUGAGCCGAUUGUCGAAAGCAGCGAUCACCUCUAUCGGAAUCACCCGCACUCUCGAAGUUCCCACCCCUCCACUCGGGAUAUCCGAUCCACCGAGGAAAGAGCGCAUGCCCAUCUUGGAGGUAUUCCACGCACGGUGCGGUUUGAUCACCCCUACGACGGGCGUUCUUCCUCACGUCGACAAGAUUCUUCUCGGCAUUCUCCACAUCAGGGGGCGCGUUCUCGUGAUGAUCAUAGGGAAUACCCUUCCAGGCGAUCGCAUCGGGAUCCUUACGCGCGGGAAACCGAAACGGAACCGCGAUACAUCGUGCUCUAUAACAGUUUUAAUAACCAUUACACCAAGGACGAUCACGACUUUGAUCAGUUACGAUUCCCCUCGCAUCUUAGAUCCCCAGGAGAUUGGAUUGCGUGGUCUCCUACGGGGCGCCAGGGGUUCAUGGGGGUCCCUUUCCCCAUGGGAGCUCCCGAUGAAGGGCUCAAAUGCAGCCCUACGCGUAGGAAUCCACGAGCUCGCCUGAACGAAAGGGAUGCAACCUUCUGGCGGCCUCAUUCAUCAUUUGAUGAGAGUUAUUCAACUAGGCGAACUUCUCGAGGUGAUGGGGUGGUGGAAAGGGGGUGGCGACGGGAUUCCGAUCCUCCCCUUACCAUUGAUGGGCCGGAGUCAUCCUCCCAAGUCUCCCUUUUAAGACAUCUGGGGAUUCAACAGGUGAUCGAGGAAACCAGGGAUUGGCUUGAGGAUAUGAAAUACGAGAUUGAAGAGGAUGCCAGGAGGUCUCGAUGUAACGGGCGGUCACGAGAUUCCGCCCGAUCCGGUAGCUUUCAUCGUUCCAGCGGGCAAGAGGAGGAGCCCUUGCGGUUACGGAAUCUGGAGGGUAGCGAGGUCUCUUCCAUGGAUGCCUUCCACCGAAGGCAAGUGCAAGCGCCCGGGAAAACAGACGAUCGGGUUCAUAAAGAGCGCGAUAUACCAGCGUCUGAUGGGCAUCGUGAUAACUCCAAGGAUACCCCUGCCCGGAAGCUUUCGCCUGUGGUAUCACAGACCUCCUCCUCAAUGGUCUCCGAUUCUAUGGAGACAAGCAAGCAUUCCGUCGUAUCGGAUGACGUGGAGGCGGAAGCGGUGGCGGCGCCUUCCUUGACGGCCCCGCCAAAGUCCAAUCCGCCGAUUUCAGCGUCAACCACCAGCACACGGAGGUCAAAAGCGAAGGAAUCCCCAUCUCAGCCGACCCCUGUGGUGAAUAACUCCUUUCUGAACGAUCCGAUCUUCUCUUUUUCCUCUUUUAUGGAUGGCAACACAUUUGAUACGACGGAGGCAUUAUGUCAGUACAAUGUGAAACUAGCGGAGGCUCUCUCUGACGACGACCUCGAUCUCAUGCGGAAGGCUGUGUUUCAGAACGACGAGUCUGCCUUUGCUGAGCUGCUCUACGCUGAUGACAUUCGGUACGAACUGGACCUUAUCAAUGUAACCCUUCACAAAAUCAAUGACUUGCAGAUUCGGCGUGAUAUGCAUGCGUUGUCAAUGGAGGCGGUCAGGCAAUUUAACAAGAAGUGUCGUACAGCACAGAAAGCGAUUAUUCUCGCUGGCCAGGGUCUGCCAGAGGCAAUCCAGAGGGCAGCUUCCUGUUUGGAGCAGGAAAUGUAUCCUAAGGAGGAAAAUGCUCUAUCGACAUACUAA